AGACGAACUUUUGAUUACGUUUUAGGUAUCCGCCAUUUUGAUUUCCAAAUCUGACAGAUUUUUUGUUGCCUGCUUGCUGAAGUACAAUUUGGACAGUGUCAACACAGCCGCUCGGCAGACUAACCACCGUGUAACGACACUGUAAAUGACAUUGCAACCGGGAAAGGGUAGCAUCUUCAAGCUAACGACGCAGUCGUGAAAAGCCAGCUAUGGGCCUCCGGAUGACCUGACAGCCAGAGUCGCCGAGUUGCCGUUCAGCUUGCAGGUGACGACUAAAUCAAAUGAUGGAUAAAAGGAGGGUGUAAGGUGAAGAUCUCUUCCAUUGGCCGGUGACAGCUCCUGCCUGCCUCAUACAGUGUUCAGCUGUCAUCUUCACAGCACAUACUCUCAAGUUUGCAGUUUGUCGAUACACAGAUGUCAGCCAAUGUAAGUUGAAGCCAAUCUCUCCUGGGUUUGUCAGUUGUUAGGAUGAGUGAAGUGCGUGUGUUUGUGUCUGCUGAUUGAUGCUGAUUGAUGUCCAGGCCAUGCAGUGUCAGUAAGGCAAAUGACUGUUUAGCAAGAUCUGACCAAGGAUACUACUCCUUGUCCAAACUGAACAGCUAAGUGUAUGAGACAGUGACAUCAGCCAUGUUUUGGAAGUUUGACCUACACACAUCUUCUCAUCUGGAGGCUUUACUGGACAAGGAGGAUGUCACUCUCACUGAGCUCAUGGAUGAGGAAGAUGUGCUGCAGGAGUGCAAGGCCCAGAACAGGAGACUUCUCCUGUUCUUGUGCCAUGACCAGUGCAUGCAGGAGCUCAUCCGUAUGAUUACUACAGAGCCCCCUGCUGGUGUAGAGGAGACCAAGCGCUUCAAGUAUUCAAAUAUAGCAUGUGAGCUGCUGACAUGUGAUGUGGGAGUGAUCAAUGAUAAGCUGGGUAAUGAGGAGCCUCUGCUGGAAACUCUGUAUGCCUUUCUGGAGCAGCCGUCCCCACUUAACCCCCUCCUGGCAUCUUUCUUUAGCAAGACAAUUGGGAACCUCAUCACACGGAAGACUGAGCAGGUACUUAGUUUCCUGCGACGGAAAGAGGGAUUCCUUUCCUUGGUCCUCAAGCAUAUUGAUACAUCAGCCAUGAUGGAUGUGCUCCUAAGACUCAUCAGCUGUGUGGAGCCACCCCCUCUUCGGCUCGAGACACUUACUUGGCUGAAUGAAGAGAAGCUAGCCCAGAGGCUCAUAGAGCUCAUUCACCCUGAGAGAGAUGAAGAGAGGCAGUCCAAUGCAUCUCAGACUUUGUGCGACAUAAUUCGUCUGAGCAGAGACCAGGCCAAUCAGCUCCAAGAGAUUUCACAGCCUGACCCUUUGCUGACUGUGCUGGAGUCGCAGGAGUGUGUGGAGCAGUUGUUGCAGAAUAUGUUUUCAGGAGAGAGUACUGAGGGCUGCAUCGUCAAUGGGAUUCAAGUUCUUCUCACAUUACUGGAAAUCAGGAGGCCUGUGGUGGACGGUGUAAUGGAUGCUCAGGGAUUUGAGAGAAGUUACACUGUUAACAGCAGCAUUUUGUUGGCAAUCCAACCACACCUGAUACACUUCCACCAGCUACUUCUAGAGCCACCCAAGCGAAAUCCCAUGCUGACUAGUCUAGGUGUCUUGGAGGAACCAUUAGGGAACACACGUCUGCAUGUAGCCAGACUUGUGGCCUCUCUGCUGUAUACAAGCUCUGCUAGCCAUGCGGUCGUAGCACAGGAACUCUGCCGACUCAACACGAUGGACCUGCUUCUGGACUUGUUCUUCAAGUAUACAUGGAACAACUUCCUGCAUCUCCAAGUGGAGCUUUGUGUUGCUGCCAUCCUCCGGCCCUGUGCCCAUGAAAUGAGACUUCAGCCUGGCUUGGGAUCCCAGGAAAAAUUCAUCCCUCAUCAAGAUGCUUCACAAGAGCAGGCUUUUACUGAAACCCCUGAACAUGCAGUCACCUCUGAAAACUCUGCACAUAAUCUAAUGGUGACUCAUUUGUUUCAGCACUGCCACCUUGUCCAGAGGAUUUUAGAAGCUUGGGAAGAGAAUGAUAAAAUACAGUCAGAAGGUGGUAUGAGAAGAGGGUUCAUGGGACAUCUGACCAGGAUUGCCAACACAGUAGUCCACAACCUGGAGAAGGGCCCGGUUCACACACAGAUUAGUAGCCUCAUCACAGAUCUGCCUGAGGACUACAAAGGGCGUUGGGAAACCUUUGUGGACCAGACCCUGUCAGAGACCAAUAGAAAGAACACCAUAGACCUGGUUGGCACGGGAAACACACGCCCUUCCUCAGAGGAUGAUAUGGAGAGCCCUUUCCCUAAAGAACUGACAAUACAGCAGGCCUUUUCAGACUACCAGAUCCAGCAGAUGACGGCUAACUUUGUCGAUCAGUUUGGCUUCAAUGAUGAGGAGUUUACUGAUCAUGAUGACAGCAUCGGGGCAACGUUUGAUCGAAUUGCAGAGAUCAAUAUCAACAUCGAUGCAGGCCAGGACAGUGCUAAUGCAGCUGUGUUUGAGGCCUGCGCCAAGGAGAGGAUUCAGCCCUUUGACGAUGAUGAAGAAGACAUUUGGGAGGAGAAAGAGAUAAAUUUUGCAACACAAGCCAAGUCCCGUAACAGGUUUGGUGGGUCGCGAUCAUCCAAGAGCCAAGCAGCCAGUAAAGCUUGUGAUAGGACAGAAGCAUCUGGCACUAAGGCCUCUGACAGAGCAGCAGACUCUGAGGAGGGAGAGGAUCCUAAAGAUGACCUGGAUCCUUUCUCAAGCCAGGGCCAGACCGAGGCAACAAAGAGCACUGGCUGGAUAGCGGACUUUGGGGAGGUCAACUCAAAGGCUCCUGCAGCAGGAGUGGGCUUUUCAGCCUGGGACACUCCAGACCCCCAACCAGCUGCUACAGAGGCAGAGGAGAAAGGAUGGGCAAAGUUCACUGACUUCCAGCCUUUCUGUUGCUCUGAAACAGGCCCCAGAUGCAGCUCUCCUGUGGACUCGGAGCUCAGUGGGUCAGACAACACCAAACUAAACCAGAACCCGUGUGUGUGGAGUGUGUGUGUGGCGAGAAAAGCUCCACUGGUGGCAUCAGACAGCUCUUCCUCUAGCAGCUCAGACAGCGAUGAGGAAGAAGCCAAAACGGAGUCUGCAACCAGUGAGGCAGUCACCACAGAGACCAUCACCACGGGGGCUGGCAAGGAGACCAUUCGACUCACCAUGGACGCCAAAAACGAGAGGGCUGUCUUCAGCAGUGAAGCAGAUAAGUUGCCAGUAGAGGGACUCUCCAUCAAAGACAGAGGGAAAGGGAAAGGCAAGAAGGGAAAGAAACAUGGAGACUGUCCCAGUGCACCUACCGCCAGUCCAGCUACCCAGUCUGCUGCUGUCGCACAAGAGACGCACUCGUCUGCAAAUGGACCGGCUUAACAACGCCGCACAGGCAGACACACGCAGACACACACACACACACACACACACAUACACAUGCUUCAUACCUGUCCAUUCAACACCCAGCCAUGCCACCUUUGCUUCCUGUUAGCAACCCUCCAAUGCCCUUCUUUGUGUCCAAAGAAUUCUCAGUGUUGAGGUCAAACAGCCCUUAACAGUACGUAUGCUGGAUAACACACAUCUGCACAUGGGUACUGUUGAUCUCUCCGCUACCUUCAUGACAUAUUUACAACAGACCCGCUUCAAAGAGGAAUGUGUCUUUUAAAGAACAUUUUGUUGUGCCAGACCCCCAAAGCCAAAUUGUUUUAGAUGUGAACUAUUUUAAAAUGUGUUCAAAUCCCAUUGAACAUGGGAAAGUGAAAAUUCUAUUAUCUGUUGAGAGGAGCAGAUGUUACACUGAGUUUUUGAGCGUCAGCACUUUAAUCCUAACAAAACAAAUACAUAAGUUUGAAAUUUGACCUUUUUAUUAAAUUCAGCUUCAGAAUCUCAGCUUGUUUGAGCAUGUCUGCUCAGAAUUUUUCUAUCAGAGCAUUUGACUGUUUACACUUUAGUAAAGAAAACUAUACUCAAAUAAUCAGCCAAGACUACAAAAGCCAAGAUGCUUGCAUAGCUAGCCGCCAUUUUGUUCUUCAGCAUUUCAAAGUACAUGCUAGGCAGACAUUUUAUUAGUGCAAAUGUGUGAGUGAUAAUAAUAAGCCUUUUUUCAUACAUCCUGCCUAAAUCAUUUCUCAAUAAUCAUGUGGACCACAAACACUCUCUUUUUGUUUAUUUGGGGCCUCAGAUUUGGGAGCGUCAUGUGUCACUUCCUUCUCGAACCUCUGACAGGUUCAUGUAGUUUAGAGGCGUUAUAUGCUGUUGUAUCCAUGUGUGUAGACUUGUAUGUGUGUGCGUGUGUGUUUGAGCUCUGUCUGAGGUACAGAGUGCAUUCUCAGGUCAAAGGAGAGGUAUGCAGAUACAAAGAAAGCACACCUGUGUAACACACACACACACACACAGUGCCACAUGUAUACACACCAAAUCUAUACACACAUGCAAAAAACACAACCUUACAAGACACAGUGAUGUGCACAUAGCAAUUCAUAUCACGCUCAGAGCUGUUUAAAUGUAAUAUUGUGAAAUCUGAACCUGUAUUAGGUUGUGGCUAUUCUUGGUAACAUGUAAACGUAAUAUAAAUGUAAACAGUAUAUAUAAACAUUAUAUCUAUUUUUGGAAUAAAUCCAAUGUAUGGAAAGGCGGUUGUUUUGCAGGUUGCAACGUGUGUAUUGUAUGUGUGUGUUGUACCGUUGAAAUGAGGCAAUAAUGAUGUCUGUGUUUUGGUUAAUACCCCAGCAUCAGUUCCUGUUCCUCUGCUACAUGCCUCCUACAUAAAAGUUUGGGAGUGUGCAUGUGCGUUAGGGCUGGGCGGUAUAUCGGUAUAAUGAGGUAUGCCGAUAUAAUUUCAAAAGAGAUACAAAAUUAGACAAUGACAGUUUAUACCGAUAUAGUUUGAUGUUGAAUUAAUUAAUAUGUUUCCGGAAAGUCCUGCCAGUGUUUGCUCCUCUCUCUCCCUCACCUCGCAGCCCCGCCCCUCCCACUGUGUCUGUGCGCAGCCCCCCUAGCUCACUUAGCUUAGCUUGUUGUUUUUGUUUUGAAAGGCCACGUCGUCACACGCCUCCUCAACAUGUGAUACAGAUGCUUCUGUGAACGCAAUCGUGGGAAGAAAAGUCCAGAAGACAUGUUCUGUUUUGUUUUGUUUUUUGGUGACUUUAUAUAACGUAGCCUACUACUGAUGGCAGCCCACUAAGCAGAAAAUACCCAACAGUACGAUGACUUUUGGUCCAUAUCGCCCAGCCCUAAUAUGCGUGAAUGUGAGCAGUCUGCAGUAUGUCCUCCAUAUUAUUUACUUAAAGGAAUAUUUCUGGUUUAUUAGAACUUGGGUCUUAAUUUCAUUUAUCAGUUUUACACAAAAUACCAGGUUAACCACUUUUAUUAGGUUAACUUGGUAUUUUUAUAAUUAGGUUGAUCUGGUAUUUUUCUCUUAUUAGGAAGAGAAACCGAAGGUAUUCAUUUUUCAGACAUAAAUCCCAAACAUUACCUAUUUAAGUUUCUCACUAUACAGGAUUUGCAGCUUUUCUUUUUCUAAUGUUAUAAUAAACUGAAUAUCUUCAGGUGUUGGACUGUUGGUCAGACAAAACAAGCAAUUUGAUGGCAUCACUUUGGGUUUUAAGAAUUUGUGAGUGAUCAGUAAAAUACUCAUCAGAUUAAUCAGGAAUGAAGAUAAUCAUUAGUCGCAGCCUUACUAUUAACACUUUGGGUGCUUUGAAUACAGUUGUUUCAGUUAUCUGACUGCAUUGGUUGUUUAAAACCUGUUUGAGUUGACUUAAUGUUAUUAACAUUUAACUUGUUGAGUACAGUUUAAUCACAAACGAUACAAAUCUUUGUGCACAAGACCCAAGCGGUAAUCAACCAGUGUUAUCCUUUAAGUGUGUGUUUGCCAGACGGUCAUGCUUUACUUGAUCUUUCUCCUCGUCUCUCUCUUUCUCAGGGCAGGAGUUGACUUAAAUUUCAUAUGCCUAGGGAAUGAUUUACAUAGAUUUGUUGUAUUUAUUUUGAAAGCACUUUUUCAAGAAGCACUUUUGGUUUGUAUUUAGUGGUGCCAAGUGCCACCACAUUAUUCCCCACUAAAACGGGUGGGAAUGUUUGUGACUUGAAUGAGUGAAUCAUGUAGAUACUUUUAAAAUAGAAUUUUUUUUUUCUUCAAAGCUUUUUGCCAAACUGUGUCUUCCCGCCAGUGUACUGCUGGGUUUCAUAUCUGUGAAGUAGCCUCUUUUCUUGCAAUGGUCUUACAGGUCUAGAUUUAUCUAAAGCAGUCUUUUUUGAUCCCUCUGUCGUGUUUUUUUUUUUUUUUUUAAAGUCAUGAGAUGGAGUUAUCCUUGCAGUAGGAGAGAAUGAUGCCACGCAUCAAAGAAAGACUUUGAAGAUUCCUCUUAGAUCACAGAUAUUUAGCUUUUAUCCGUUCAGCGCUUUGAGCUGUUUGAAGUGGUUUUGAAGUCCGGGUUAGAGGAGAAAAACAGGGCUGUUUUUUGGUCAGUGUGUGUACAGGGUCAGAAUAUGUCAUCCCGUCUUUCACCAAACCUAAGCACUGCGUCUGACCCUUACCUUUGUGUUAUAGGUGUGUGUGUGUGUGUGUGUGUGUGUGUGUGUGUGUGUGUGUCUCCUUCACAUUGAGAGUGUGGUGCGUGUGCAGUGUAGCUACGGAUAUGGUGUGAUGUUAUGCAUAAUGGCAUGCGGUACAAUACAGUCAUCUUUAAGUGCCAUUAAGUUUGCACAUUAGCCUCAUUCACCUCAUUGGGUAUGUUCUGUAUUGUACAGUGUAUGCCCAAAACUUGAAAUGAGCAACAAUGGGUGAUAAAUUGUUACUUCAUCCCAUUGUCUGUUACUUACACUGAGGCCAUUUCAAAGUUGAAAUCUUUCUUGCAUUAUAGCUUAUUACAUUUUUGUAGGUGGGGAGGAGUGGUGUGAAAGACAGCCAUGUUGUAGAAUGCCUUUUUUUUGUAAAGUGGACUGAUGCUGGUGUUUCUUUUGUUUGUUUUCAUUUAGAUAGUAAUGUGUCUGUUACCUGUUGUCAAUUUAGCUUGUACAUUCAGAUAUGAACAUAAUAAAUAUGUCAGACCAAGAAGAA